GGGGAGAAUCAAAUUCUGGACCGGACUCUACCCUACCUGAACGAGCUUUAAAGCUCCCUCGUGGAAUCUGAUUCUCGAUCCUUCUUCUUGCUUCGAGAUUGGCGCAGAGCUUGACUCACUCCCUCGCAUUGACCCGCCCGCAUUGACUUCGACCCAGCUCCGGCGCGGCGAGGAUGGCGAAGGUCCGGUGCCAGAGGAUCGGCUGCGAGGCCUCCUUCUCCGAGGACGACAAUCCGGAAGGUUCCUGCCGCUACCACCCCGCGGGUCCUAUAUUUCACGAUGGGAUGAAAGAAUGGAGUUGUUGCAAGAAGAAAAGUCAUGAUUUUAGUGAGUUUCUGGGAAUUCCUGGAUGUAAGACAGGCAAACACACUACUGAAAAGCCAUCAACCAAGGCAGUUACAGCUACUAAGACUCCAAGUGCUGCCACCAGUGCUGCCACCAGUGCUGCACCUGCAACUAAUGCAUCAUCAAAAGAGUCUUGCGCGAGAUGUCGGCAGGGUUUCUUCUGUUCUGAUCAUGGUUCAAGAACUGGAAAAACAAACAUAGAUGUGGCAAAUGCAAAUGCUGAACCUGCUGUUGAAAGCAGUAAGGAUGCCAAGAUCUCUGUGGUUCCACAAAAGAGAAUAAUCGACAUAAAUGAGCCGCAGACUUGCAAAAAUAAAGGAUGCGGUCAAACUUUUAAAGAGAAGGAUAAUCAUGAGAUAGCCUGCUCUUUCCAUCCUGGGCCUGCUGUUUUCCACGACAGGAUGAGAGGGUGGAAAUGCUGUGACGUUCAUGUUAAGGAAUUUGAUGAGUUCAUGACCAUUCCACCAUGUACCAAGGGAUGGCAUAAUGCAGAUCCGGCAUCAUAGGGAGCACUAAGGUGUAGCAAUAAGGUUUUGUAUGGAUUGUAUCGGGAGUUGAUAUUGGAGUGGUAGUUGUUAUCCUUUGCAGUGAAAAUUCCACUGUUUUCCUUGAUUGACAUGGUAUCGACAAUGUCAAGAAGAUAUCCUGCUUCUCAACUGUGAUUAGCUUAACUGUACCUUUCCCUUUAAUUAUUGCUGUGUUGUGAAACACUAUUCUUAGAUUCGGGGUAAUCUUCUCUUCUCUCUAAGCAGUUUUCCCGAUCAUUCUGGUUCGGGAAGUCCCAAAAUGAAGCGUCUUUUAAA